AUGGUUUCCAUCGCUCAUGGCCUGUGGUGGGAUCAUUCUAAGCCCGCCGCUCUGGCACCGACACUGACUCUGUCCGUGGACUCGGGCAAUAUCCUCUUGUCGGGUCUGACCUUCCUUGUCACCAUCGCAGGGGCCAGCUGCUGGAGCAUCGUCGCGUUUAUUCUACACCACCGCAAAGCGAAAGCAGGACCUGUCAGCGCCUUGGACCUCCAGUACCGUGUCAGCUUGCGGAACUCUGCCGGUGCCGCUCGUACCCUAUGGGAGGCUUUCCAAAUCCAUCAGGCAUGGUCGCCGAGACGGCCACAGAAGCUCAUUUGGCGGACGCUCUCGGUCGCAAUACCGGCGCUUGUGGUGUCGGCGUGCUUCACUGUCGCCGCGCUGUUCACCUCGAGGGUAGCCAAUAAGGCUUAUGGCCCUACUAUCGCGAGAGCAGAAGCACACGAAUGCGGGUUCUGGGACUUUUCUUCCACCAUUGACGCGGAGACUGCCAGCCUCUUCACAGCCAAGAGUCGGGACGUUGCUGCUCGCGCCCGCACCCAUGCCGCCAGCUUUUACACGAAUAGCACAACCUCGUCGGUACUAUCGACAUUCGUCCAGCCCACGCUUCCCUACGAAGUGGACACGUCGGCUCGUUGCCCUAUCCCAGCGAGCGAGCGCUGCGUCCCCGGUGUCGACAAGGCAUUUUCCAUUACCUCGGGCUACUUGGACUCGCACGAAAUGCUAGGCAUCAAUGCGAGGUUCGAGGACCGGGUCAGCCUCCAACUUCAAACGACUUGCUCGCCGGUGGACGUUGCCGACCUCGCGCAGAGGACCGCCGAUUCCCAAGGCAGUUUCAUCGAGUAUCCGCUCGGAGCUGUCCUCGAGGGCAUUGGGAACAUCACCCACCGGUACAAUGUAGCUCUGGCAAACAAUACCGGUCUGGGGUACACAUUACAUUCCUUUCGCGCCUUCGCCUCCGACGCACCCCCCUCCCCCCUCUCCAAUUGGCUCCCCAUCCCCGCCCUCACCCGCCCCGACGCCGACGUGAGCAUCCUCCUCCUCACCCCCAACGACAUGCGCUACACGGCCCCCGUGCACGACCCCUGGUUCUCCGCCAACGGCACCUACAACUUCACCCUCGAUAACCACCUCUACACCUUCGCCGACCGCUACCUCUCCCCCCUGAUCUGCGCAGACCAGUACCGGCUCUGCAACCCGUCCUCCCACAUCUGCACCCCGCCCGCCGGCAUCCUCCAGCUCACCACCACCCACCUGACCCAGCACGCCCCGCUCCAAUACACCGCGGUCCAGACCGCCACCGCGGCGCGCCUGCUGGUCAGCCUGGCCGAGAUCAACACGUUCACCGCCGUGUCGGCGCUCGGGGGUGCUGAUGCGCUGCGCGCGCAGCGUUUGGCGGUGGGGAAUGUCUCGCCUGCUCUGCCGGCGGACCAGUGGCGCGCUGAGGUGGAGGGGUGGUUCCAGAUGAACCUGGCGAGGUUGCAGGCGGAGGUGGUGGAGUUUGCGGUUAAGGGGGGGAGUCCGUUGUUGGAGGGCGCGGGACGGAGGUUGGGGAUGCUGCCCCUUUCGCGCGAGCAGCGGGAGCAGUGUGGGAACCAGCUGGUGAGGGCGGUUGGGGAGGUGCAGAACUUUAGUUUGGUUGGUGUCCUGGUGGUGGUUUGUGUGUGUGUGGUGCUGGUGGUGGUGGAUUUGUUGCUUGAGCGUGUCGUUGACCUCGUUGGAGCGCGGUUUAGGGGACGGCGGCCGGCCUCCUGGUCUGCGGCGGAUGCGAGACAGGCGGAUGGGAAGCUGCAUCUUUUGCGUGUGGCGUUGGCUGCGGCUUCCGGGGAGGGGAAGGACUGGAAGUUGGGACGCUGGAGUGUUCCCGUAACAGGCCGGGGCGAGGGCGUCGAGCGGUUUGAUACCUCUACACACGCUGACCCGAACGGACUUGCCACGUAUGUGCAGUUUGGUCAGGGGAUGGUGGAGGAUGGGGAGAUGGACGUAGGGAGGUAGAUACCUGAG